AUGAGAUUUAGAAAUAGAUUCUUCCACCCAGAGAGCGUGGCCAGGCGUGCAGAGGAUUUGGUUGGCGUCGGCCAAAAAGAAGAUGCUUUACAAACAUUGUACGAUUUCCUGACAUCUAGAAAGAUCAGAGGAGCAGAACCAACAGAGCUCGAAUCGAUUGGUAUGCUAUUUGCAGAGUUGGGCACGGAGCAGCAGAAUGGAAAGUUGGUCAAGGAUGGUCUACACCAGUUCAAGAAGGCGGUUCAAGUUAGUGACGAUGGUUUGAAGAUCUUGGAGAAAGUGGUGAGGCAUUUUCUCGAGUUGGCAGAGGCACAGUUGACCAAAGUUGAGAAAUCCGCAGGUGCGGUGGUUGAAGCAGAGGAGCAGAAGACUGCAGAGGCAGCAGCUGCUGCCCAAAAGGUGUUGGAUACCUACGAAGAUGAUGAGGAAAACGAGGAAGAUGAAGAUGGUGAAGGUGCAGCACACUUUUCGAUCUCUCCAGAGGAUAUUUUGAUGUCAGCAGUGUCGACAGACGACACGGCAGACCGGUCCAACAGGCAGCUCGUCGUUCCAUGGAUCAGGUUCUUGUGGGAGUGCUACCGGACCACCUUGGACUUGUUGAGAAACAACUCGAAACUUGAAGUGUGCUACUGCUUUGUCUGCAGCCGUGCUUUUGACUUCUGUGUCAAGUACGAGCGCCGCAGUGAGUUCCGGAGACUCUGCGAGCUGAUCAGAUCGCACUUGCAGUCCGUUCAGAGACCAAAUGACAGAUAUCCACCAACGAAUCCGAUAGAUUUGUCGAAUGCAGACACUUUGCAGAGAUAUCUGGAGUCGAGGUUUGCACAGCUUAAUGCAGCGGUCAAGUUGGAGCUCUGGCAGGAGGCAUUCCGCUCUGUUGAGGAUGUUCACACGUUGAUGACACAGACAAAACGCCAGCCAAAACCAUCCAUGUUGAUGAACUACUACGAUGACUUGGCAAAGAUCUUUGCAGUGAGUGGAGAUGCACUCUUCCAGGCAGCCGCAUUCCAGAAGUACUUCAGCUUGUUGCUCCAGUCGCCAAUUGCCACUGACGAUGAGAAGAAGCGGUACGCGUCACUCCAGCUUCUUUCUGCUUUGAGUGUUCCUGAGGUUGGAUCUGGAGCAGAUGACUUCAACCGGAGGAAAUUCCGCCGGCUAGCAUCUUUGCUCAGCAUUGGAUCUGUUCCGUCAAGAGAGUCCUUGCUCAAGCAGGCCACCAACUCGCAGAGUUUGCUCUACGCAGAUGACUUAUUGAAAAACCUAUAUGUGGCAUUUGAGGACAAUUUCCAUCCCCUAACGUUCGCACGCACCAUCAAGCCGUUUUUCGAGGCUAUCGAGUCCAACGCCUCGUACGGCUCGUACGUGGAGCCACUCUUGAACGUUGCAGUUGACCGGAUCUUCAGGGAGGUCUCGCAGGUGUACCAGACGAUAAAAGUAGACUUUUUGGUCAGAUUGUGCACGUUUGAAGGCUCGUUUAAGCUCUCGAGACUCGAUAUCGAGAAGUUAUUGCUCGAGGCCGCCCGGAAAAACGUGGUCAGCAUCAAAAUCGACCAGGCUGCCGACGUUAUAGUGUUCAACUCGAGUCCGUUCAGCGGCUCUUUGGAAAACAGCUUGUCGCUUGGUGCAGAGAAGAAUGCAGAGAGUGGAGUUCUUGAGGCUGCCAUCCAGCAGACUCCGGCCGAGUUGGUGAGAUUCCAGCUUUCGAACUUGGCCAAGACGCUUUCCGAGUCGGUGAAGUUGAUCGAUGUGGCCGAGACGAAGUCUGUGGACAGAGAGUUGAAGGAGAAGUCGUUGGAGAGAGCAAACGCGGAGUUUGAGGAUGAGAGACAGAGCAUUGUGCAGCGUGCCCACAUACUUGAGCAUAGGAAGGAAGAAUUGGAGAAGUUGAAGAAGCUGGAGGGUGAAAAAGCUGCAAAGGAGAGAUUGGAGCAGCAGAUUGCAGCCAGAAAGGCUGAGCAGGAGAGAGCAGAGAAGGAGGCAGAAAGAAGACAGGAGGAGAAGAGGCAGAGAGCAAUUGAGUUGGAGAGAAAGAAGGAGAAGCAGGAGUUGAUCAAGGAUGUGAACUCGAAGGGUAUCAUCAGUAUUGACGAGAAGGAUGCGGAAAAGUUGGACAUGGAUAAGUUGAAGGAGAUGCAGUUGGAGAAGUUGGAGAAGGACAAGAAGGACACGCAGUCGAAGAUGGAGAAGUUGGCCACGAGAAAUGACUACUUGGUGCGUGCCGAGAGGAAGUAUGAGUUGGCCUUGUUGCAGAAGAACGCCGACAAGGAGCUUGCCGAGCAGAGAGAGGAGUACGAGAGGGUCAAGGAGAAGAAGAUCGAGAUGGAGAAGAAGAAGCAUGAGCAUGAGGUGAGGGAAAGGGACAGAUUGCAGCGCAUUUCGUCCGAGUUCGCCAAGUAUGCUUCUAUUGCCCAGGAGGAGGAGAAGGCGGCCUUUGAGAAGAUGAAGAGGGCUGCACAGGCGGAGUUGGAGAAGGAGAAGCAGCAGAGAAUCAAGGAGUUCAUCGAGAAGAAGAGGUUGGAGUUCCAGGAGGAGCAGCAGAGAAAGAAGGAGGAGGAGGACCGCUUGAAGAAGGAGCAGGAGGAGGAGUUGAGGGUCAGAGCUGCCGAGGAGCAGAGAAGAAAGGCUGCCGAGGAACUAAUGAUGAAGAGAGAUCCUCAAAGAAGAUUGUACUUGGAGCUUUUGGAGAAGGAGAAGACCAACUCGUUUGCAAACUUCUCCGAGAAGAUGAAGUUGAGAACCUUGAAGAGGAAGUACGGCGGCCAGUGA